CCUUCGCUUGCACCUUUCCAUUUAAAGAAAAAAAAAAUAAAAGAGAAAACAAAAGCUCGCCUCUUUAAUAGAGAUGUACCUGAAGAAGCCGUUCUGGAGCGACGGCUUGAACUCGUCGGAAUCGGAUGACGAGUCUCAAUCGCCGGUGAAGGAGCUGGUGAAAUCGUUAGACAAGCAAAGGCUGUACAGGGAGGUGACACUCGCACUCCGUACCGGACUGGGAGAUGCACGCGCCGAGUUCUCAUUCCUCCGAGUGCGUGGCCUCCGCAGCAUUCUCAAAUUCCUACAGUCCGUCGCUGAAUCCGAUUCCACCAUCACUCUCUUCUGCCACUCCCAAUCCAUCCCUGAGCUGCAAGUGGUUCCAGUGCUGUUUGAACAUUCUCUAAAAGAAAUAGAGGACCAGAUAGUAACCAGUCUGAACCACAUAUUUACCGUUGAACCUAUGAAAAUAACUAGUCCUUCAACGGAUGCUGAAGUGGCUAUUGCACUAAGAGUUCUGGAAGGAUGUUGUCUUCUUCAUCGAGAGAGCACGGUCUUGGCUCAUCAACACAAGGCAAUUCCAGUCUUGAUGAAUAUCUUGUCAACUCGCGGAGUACUUGAGCAAGGUGCAUGCCUAGAUGCUUUAAUCUCAAUUAUGCUGGAUUCAUCUGCCAAUCAAAUGGAUUUUGAGGCAUGCAAUGGCAUCGAAGAAGUAGCUGUUCUUAUAAGAGAUAAACAAGCAGAAGAAAGUCUCAGGUUGAAAUGUGGCGAGUUUUUAUUGCUUCUCAUUGGUCAUUUAAAUGGAAGGGAAACACCUCCCAUGGCAACAAUACACAAGGAUCUAAGGCAAUUCUUGGGAGAAAAAUCUGCAUCCUUGAUAUGGGCAGCAAGUCAGUUUGGAUCCACUCUGGAUCCAGAGCAAAGAUUGACAGCUCUGCACAUUCAAGCCCGCAGGGUUCUUGAGUCAGUCGAUCAUUACUGAAUACAAAUGUGACAUUGGUGCUCCUAGUACUGCCACAAUUCUUGUAAGCAAUUUCUUGUGAAACAUGAACUUGUAGUGAAAUCAUGAAUAUGUUAUUUUGUACACAACUUAUACAGAGAAUUGAAUUUCAUGUUCAUUUUGUUCCAAUCUCAUUUGUAUUGUUAAAUUAUCCAAAACCUCAUA